AUGAAUGCGCCUUUUACGGCAAAUGAUUUUUAUUAUGCGAUUUUGACGUCCAAGAAUGGAAAGACUUCAGGUCCUGAUGGCCUUUCUAUUAGGUAUUACAAGGUGAAUAUUCACGCUUGGGCGCGCAUCUUCGAAGUUAUUCAUGAUAAUCAGCUACACAACGGCCAGAUGAACAAGUUUCAGCGACGUGCCCAUCUCUCGUUGCUUUACAAGUCGGGUGAUCGCACACUGCCUGCGAAUUACCGGCUACUUACGCUGCUUAAUCACGAUGCUAAGCUCGGUCCCAAGAUUCUGGCUUUUCGUCUGAGGCUUGUGCUACCGGAUCUCAUUCACGCUGAUCAGAUUGGAUUUAUCAAAGGUCGUUUAAUUCGACACUCACUUCUUCGGUUUCAAGAUCUUCAAGAAUUUUGCAAGACUCAUCAUAACGAUGCUUGCGCUGUGAUGUUGGACUUUGCCAAGGCUUUUGACAGUGUUUCGUGGCCCGCUCUGGAUUUAGUGCUUCAUCGCUUUAGUUUUGGAUCUACUUUUCGGGCUUGGAUCAAGACAUUUUAUCAUCACACAUCGGUCAGCAUCAUGCGAAAUGGGUCUCUGGGUAUUCCAUUCGUGUUAGGUGCCGGCGUUUGCCAAGGUGAUCCCCUAUCACCUGGCUUGUUCGUCCUAUUCAUUGAGCCCAUGGUGAACUUUCUGCGGGCUCGAUUUUCAGAUCUUGGUAUUUUAGUCGACGGUUCUUUCGAGCCUCACUUACUUCUGGCGUAUGCCGACGAUUCCACCGGACUCUUGAAGGAUAUAUAUGAUGCUGAUGGAACUCUGGAUCUAGUGAACGACUACUCCACCGCCGCAGGCCUUCGGCUUAACGUGGACAAGACUUCUGUAAUGCCUUUUUCGCAUCGAGCCUCUCGAUCUAAACUGGAUAACCUGCGCGCUACUUACCCAUUUAAGGUUCUUGGCGUGACAAACACUGUAAAAUUACUUGGUAUAUUGCAAGGCUCCACCAUUACGGCUGAUGAACGGUUUUGCCACAUUCUUUUGGAGCUUCGCGCGCGUUGUGCCAUUUGGAAAUACAAGGCACGCACACUUCGUGGUACUCGUGGUACUUCUGCAGAGUAA